GAGGAACUAAAGGGCGGGAAAAAGUUUACCAGAGUUUCGUGAGUCGCGCUGAAACACGGAUGAAUAAUAAUAAUGAAAAAAUGAGUAUUGGUUGAUAGUAUUCAACAGCGCACUGAUAGUGUGGCGACACGAAACUGGUUUACACCGACUGACUUUGACUAGAAAAACAUGUUUACGUGCUGAAAACGCUCUGAACCUGAACAUUAUCAUGAGGGACUGUUGAAGGGGUCUGAUAGUGAGAGAUGGAGGAAAAGACCAAACAGGAGGAAACGCAGCACAAAGACAGCAGUGACUUCGAAAGUCCACCUAAACAGCGUCUGACCAUCUGUUUGAUCAGCGCCGCGUUCUUCGGAUCCGUAGGAUCGUCCUUCCUGUACGGAUAUAACCUGUCUGUGGUCAACGCUCCGUCCAGAUACAUAAAGGCCUUCUACAAUAAGACAUGGAUCAACCGCUAUGAUGAGCCCAUCGGGGACGGGACGCUCACCCUGCUCUGGUCGGUCACGGUGUCCAUCUUUGCCAUCGGCGGUCUGCUGGGGGCGCUGACCGUCUCCUUCCUCAUCAAAGUCUUGGGCAGGAAAGGAACUCUUCUGGCCAAUAACGCUCUGGCUCUGAUCGCUGCGCUCCUAUUGGCUCUGGGAGAGAUGGCCGGAUCCUUUGAGAUGCUCAUCAUUGGUCGGUUUAUCAUCGGCAUGGAUUCAGGUGUGUCUCUGAGCGUGCUGCCCAUGUACCUGGGGGAGAUCUCUCCUCGGCAGCUGCGCGGCUCCAUCGGUCAGGUUCACUCCAUCUUCAUCUGUCUGGGCGUCUUCAUCGGACAGGUGCUCGGGCUGCCGGAGAUCUUCGGACAGGAGAGCAGAUGGAACUUCCUGUUCGGUUUCUUGGCACUUCCUGCCCUUCUGCAGCUGUGUGUUCUGCCGUUUCUCCCCGAGAGUCCGAGAUUCCUGCUGAUGGAGCGCCGGGACGAGGCGGGAGCGGAGAGAGCGUUCCAGGCGUUUCUGGGCCGCUCAGACGUCAGUCGUGAGCUGGAGGAGGUCCACGCCGAGGGUCGUGCUCAGAUCACACAGAGGACGGCGUCGGUGCUGGAGCUGGUCAGGAAGCGUUCGCUCCGCUGGCAGCUGAUCACGGUGAUCGUGGUCAUGAGCUGCUAUCAGCUGUGCGGCCUCAACGCCAUCUGGUAUUACACUAACGGGAUCUUCCUGGACGCAGGCUUCCAGCCGACACUGAUCCCGUACAUCACGCUCAGCACGGGGGGCAUCGAGACGCUGGCCGCUGUCGUAUCGGGUUUAGUGAUUGAGAAAGUCGGUCGGAGGCCGUUACUGAUCUUUGGUUUUUCAGCGAUGGCUGUUUUCUUCAGUCUCCUCACAGUUUUCCUACAGUAUCAGGACAGGUUCUCCUGGAUGCCGUAUCUCAGUUUCACCUCCAUUCUGCUUUUGAUCGCAUCCUUCUGCUCCGGUCCAGGCGGCAUCCCGUUCGUGUUGACGGGGGAGCUGUUUGAGCAGUCGUAUCGUCCGGCCGCGUUCAUGAUCGCAGGAACCAUCAACUGGCUCUCAAACUUCGCUGUGGGACUCCUGUUCCCCUUCAUACAGGAGGCGCUGCAGACGUUUGCGUUCCUGCUGUUUGUGGUGGUGUGUGUCUGUGGAGCAGUUUUCCUGCUGGUGGUUCUGCCGGAGACCAAGAACAAGACCUUCGUGGAGAUCAGCCAGAGUUUCUGUAAGAUCAACGGCGUCUCGGAUCAGACUCUGGAGCGAGAAGUGAAGGACGCGCUGGACACCAACGGACUCCGAUCUGCUGAAGUGGAGAUGGAGAGCUGCUUCUGAACACAGCAGAGCAUUUACAACCUCUGUGUGUGUGUGUGUGUGUGUGUGCGUGUGUGCGUGCGUGUGCGUGCGUGUGAGUGCGCGUGUGUGUGCGUGUGCGUGUGUGUGUGUGCGUGUGUGUGAGUGCGCGUGUGUGUGCGUGUGUACUUGUGUGUGUGUGUGUGUGUUUGUGUACCUGUGUGUGUGUGAGUGAGUGUGAGUGUGAGUGUAUGUGAGUGAAUUUAAUAAAACAGAUUUUCUAUCAUUGUAAUAAAUGACUUCAGGCAGUCCGUCACAGUCUAGAAAUAAACUCUGAAGACUGCAGCACUUCUGAUCAUCUCACGGUGUUGAGUUUGAAUGUUCUGCAUUUAUUUAAAAUUACGCCAUUUUUUUUUUUGGCUGUUAAAACUGGAGGCAGGUUUAAUAAAUCCAGUGUUUGGGUGA